AUGAAUGUAAUUAAUGCCUCGGUGAAUCAGCAAAAUUAUCAAAAUAACCAUAACCACUAGAAUGAAAAUCAACGCUUGCUAGAUAAUUCUGUUUCAAGAAACUCAAAUGAAACAUCAUAAAGAUCAGAUGGCUAUUAGAAGAAGAAUACUUAGAAGUAUAGAGAUCGUGGAGAGCUUAUGAAAGCGCUUAAAUUUCCUGAAAAUAGUGCCAAUUUGGUAGUAAUUCCUUCAAAUGAAAAAGGUACAGGCUUCUUAAGGACAUGUUAUGAUCCAGAAGUGCUAGAUGGUACAAUGAGUAAGGAUGAAUUUAUGAAAGUUAUUGAUCAAGCAAGCAAGGAGGUAGCUAAGGUUUAUUCUAAAAAGAGAUUGGCAGACACUGCAGAUAUAGAUAGCUAUAAAAUGUGGUUCAGCUUUUUAUCAUUUAUAAUGGCUCUCUUAUUUCUUGGGAUGAUAUAUAUAGGAAUAGAUUAUGAAAUAUUCUAUCUACAAUUAGCUGCUUAUUGCAUUAUGGCAUUUGCGAUGAUAAUAAUAGUUACACUUUCUCUUUACGAGUGUUUCAGAGACUCUACUAAAAAAUUCAUUAACUUUAAUUAGUCGGUGAAAAAGUCACUCGAUACUUAUUUUGGAGAAGUUAAUUUAUAGAUGCAAGCAAUAGGAAUUGAAUGGUCUGUAGAAGAAGGCCAUUACUGGAUUGAAUGUAAAAUUAUUAAAGACUUUGACAGAAUGAGGACAACUCCUACAUAAAACUAUUUUACCUAAGAAAACCUUAUUACUGAUAACGGGAGAAGUGACAUGAAUUAAAUUCAAGAUGCAAGAAAUCUCUAAUUAGGGUUGAAGCUUUACAGUAGAGGAUCAGAGCCUGAAAAGGAGGAUUAACUUAUCCCAGGUAUUCAUAGUAAAAAAGUGGAUCAAGAUCAAUUCAUUACAGCUGGAGAGGGUAAAAGAAUAACAAAUCUUGCAAAUCAGCCCUAAAAGAGAAGCAGGGAGUUGCCUUCAGAAAAAAUAAAAUAGAAACAAAAUAAUUGGGGUGCAGAUGAUAUCCAUUAUUGA